AUGGCGAUGCCCCCGGCCGCCGUGCCCCCCGCGCGCGCCCGGGAGCCGCCGGGGCCCCGUGCCGCCUCCGCCAGCGCCGCCUCCGCCAGCGCCGCCGCGCCGCUCGGCCUCGGCCUGCAGCAGCUGUCGGCGCUGCGGCCCGAGCCGGGGGAGGUCCCGCUGCACUCGCCCUGGACCUUCUGGCUCGACAGAUCCCUCCCUGGUGCCACAGCAGCUGAGUGUGCAUCAAAUCUGAAGAAAAUCUACACAGUACAAACAGUACAGAUAUUCUGGAGUGUGUACAAUAACAUCCCUCCUGUGACUAGCCUGCCUUUGAGAUGUAGUUAUCAUUUAAUGAGAGGAGAGAGGCGACCACUUUGGGAAGAGGAGAGUAAUGCCAAGGGUGGCGUAUGGAAGAUGAAAGUCCCCAAGGACAGCACGUCCACAGUUUGGAAAGAGUUGUUGUUAGCGACAAUCGGGGAACAGUUCACAGACUGUGCCGCUGCAGAUGACGAAGUAAUAGGAGUCAGCGUCAGCGUUCGGGACCGGGAGGAUGUCGUCCAAGUCUGGAAUGUAAAUGCCUCUUUAGUGGGUGAAGCCACUGUGCUAGAAAAGAUCUAUGAACUUCUGCCCCACAUAUCUUUUAAAGCCGUAUUUUAUAAACCCCAUGAAGAGCAUCAUGCUUUUGAAGGUGGACGUGGAAAACACUAAUUGCACACUCUGUAAAGAAUUCUUUGUCCUUUGCUGAUUGGUUUUGGAAACGGUCUUAACAGGAGGGAGAGUGAAGAGAAGACUUGCCGAAGCCCGAUGCUGGUCCAUUUAGAGUGGGUUUCUGUCCUUGCAGAUGGGGCAAUUAGGGCUCAAAGUGGCAGGUGGGGUGGGGGUGGGGGGCUGUGUGGGUUUCUACCGUCACAUUACUUGCUUUUUUUUUUUUUUUUUUUUUUGGCUUUCUAAAUUCUCUGUUCUUUCCACUCUGGGUUUUAUUAUUUUUUUUUUUGUCCUUUUAAAUUUCCUUAUUCAGUCUAAUUAUUGUUUUCUACACUCCCCUUUCAUUGAGGCACAAGAAAUCGGUUUCCCUUUAAGUAGCUCUGCUGUACCUAGUUAAUGAGAAUAUGCCUAAUCGUGACAAUACUGCUUUUGAAAACCACAGUGUACUUGCAGGAAUACUAGCUUGGUGAAACCUGUCUUGAUUAUUUGUUGUGACACAUUCCUACACACUGUGCACUGGGCAUUGUUUUUUUCUGUCCCAGGGAAAAGAAAAACCAUACUUAUUCUGAUUUUGCACUGACAGCACACACAUCUUUUAUUUUUCCUUUUUUAAACUUUUUUUUUUAGCGAUAAAAGGAAAAUAAUAGUUGGGUUGCCUAACAUGAAAACUAUAAUCACGGUUGAACAUCAGGAUAUAAAUCAAACUCUAGGUCUUCACAACCUCUAUGGAAGUAUUUCUAACCAGAAUUUCAACUUGGCCUUUUCAAAGGAUAGGCGUAGAGUGGUAGCAAAGGAUUUUUCCUGGUAGGAAACCUUGUAUUUCUGAUUGGAAGAGGGAGUGAUAUUUUAAUUGUUUGAAUUAAAGCUGCUUCUGAAUUUUGGGGUUGUGUGCCCACUGAGGGCUUUCCACAUCCUCUCGAACACACUUUGUUAGAUUUUCCCUUUUUCCUGCUCACACAGUAUGUCAUUUCCAAUAAUCAAUAGCCCUCCUGCCUGGGCAGCUCUCCCCUGCCUUUUUCAUUUAGGAGCAUCAAGGUAAACCUCAUUUCCAGGAUCAAUGUGAACAUUGACAAAGUGGAACUUUUGAGUGCAUUCUGUUGAUGCUAAUUUUUUGGAAUUGUUAAUAUAUGUUGCAUUAUGUUACCAAAGAAAUAUUGGUUUUAGUAGAAGGAAAUGGCCACCCUCUAAAACACUGAGACUUUUUCAAAAUGUGUUCAUUUCCCUCUCUUGACUCUGCCAAGCUUCCUACUGCUUUUACCUGAAAAAGGCAGGGCCACUUGAAGACACUUCCUCCUGCUGGCUUUUUUCUGAAACCAGGGAGCUAGUGCACGCUUAUAUAUUUCACAAAAGGGCCCAGUGCUCAGAACUUCGUUGUACCCAGGGUUUUUAAUCCCUCUUGCAGUAUUGACCAGCAGAGAGAAAUGGGGUCACUUUAAGCCUCCAACCUGCAUUUGUAAAUAAAAUUUUCCAUUUGAACAUCCUAAAAAGACUUUCAGCAAUCUCUUUAUGAAAGUUGUGCCAUUCACUUGCAUUACUAACCACAUCAACCAUAAUCUCAAGGAUUGUAGUUUUAAAAAAAACUCCUUCAUUUCUAAAUGAGUUUCUUCAGUGAUUUCAGAAUGAGGCUAUAAGGGUAUGAGACCCAUUUUUCAAAAGCCUGGAACUUGCUUCUCUAAACAUUGUACUAACAUCCAACUUAUUUUUAAAUUAUUCAUCAAGGAUUUUUUAAAAAUUAUUCUGAACAUGAAUUUAAAUUCUUUUUUUAUAAUAUAAGUAUUUUUCUGAUAGAUUAGAAAAAAAAGAAUAAUUGACCUAUCUUUGUUUUAAUUGUCAUAUAUUUCCAUAAGUAAAUGGAUUUUGAAGUAUUUUAUUUUUUUGAACUUUAUUUAAAGCAUUGUGAUGACAUGUUCAGCUUCUGCAUGUAUGUAGCCUUUGAAGAAAAAAAAUAAAUAGGAAUGCUAGGCUCACAUUAACGUUUUUGAGUUUCUGUUGUUUGUGAUCAUGGCACACGGCUUUACGCACAAAGUAGGUUUUUACCCCAGAGAACUUCUGCACCAAUUUCUGACCCUGCGGAAAAUACCAACUGUGAGAAGGACUUAAUUUGCCAAAUGUUAAGAACCUAUUAUCUAAAUUACUUUAAGAGUGGAUUUUGUCAGAUUUUGCUUUGGAAAUUGUUUUAAUUGAAUAUUUAGUUCCUAAUAGACUUUGUAUGAACUAAGCUGAUUUAAUCAGUCUAAAAACCUCUCAUUACCUUCUUGGAUUAAAGAAGCUAAUACUCUUUUAAGAUACAAGGAAAUAUCUUGUGGGGCAUGUGACUUUUGUUUAGGGCCGUGUACCCAUGCUGGGGAAGGUGGCAACUUGCAGUAGGAUCCUGAUUUUUCAGUCCAGUCCUUGCAGGGGCAUGCAGCCUGUCCUCUCUACAGAGAGCCAUAUGGAAGUCACAGUGCUGACUUUCUUACUUCUGUUGUUUCUUAGGUCUGGAUGCACAGCCAGGGUCUCUGAUGGAAACCAGUAUGCAUUUUCUCCUCCCAUUGUCCCACACUACAUCAUAGGCACUUGCUUCCAUUGGGGAGGCUUCACCUAUUUAAUUAGGAUAGAUAAUACCCACUUAAAGUAACUUUUCUCCUGUAAGCAGUUCCUGAAGUGUUGACUUACUCCACUUAAAGAUUCCCUUCUAGACUUUCCCACAUUUCUGAAAUGAGGGGAUAGUUUACAGUGAACUUGUCCAUUUAAUAUAAUGUGGCUCUUAAAUUCAUGGUAAAAUUGACAGCAAAACAAACAAAACCACACACACACACACACACACACACACACAAAAGGAAAAACACAACUCUAGUAAACUUUAAGUACUUUGAGUCAUUCUCAACUUUCUUCUUGACUUCAGCUCAUGUCUAUACCAUACACACAGUUCUAGGACUUCAAUAGAUGAAUGAAACUUUGGGUAUCAUUGAGUAGUAGACACAGUGUGCAGACUACUGCAGAGCCUUGACCAAACCCAUCCCUUGUGAAAGGACAUGGGGUAGCAAGUGACAGAGCUGGGCAUUAAAGUCUGCAGGCUACAUAGCCAGUCUAGGUUCCUUGAACUGAGAACACUCAAAAGUCUGUCAACCUAACCCCCAAAUAGCUCACCCAGAUCAAGUACUACAUACCUGAUCCAGUCUGGCCAUUGAUAAUGCCAGGUAUCAAUAUAUAAUCAGAUAUCCUCUCAUUUUCUCCCUGUGACUCUCAAUGACUAAAGUGAUGCUACAGUUUGGGGUUUGAAAAUAACCUUAUUGGAACAGGAGGGGGGGUCUUUGCUGUGAGAAGCCCAGCUCAUAGAAGGUCCUGUCUUUUGUACUUAAACAAAAGUGACAACAUUUGGAGCGAUCACAUGGUGGCGCUGCCUUCCAGCCAACAGUUCUGGCUCAGCAGCAUAAUUUAUCCAGCUAUGUUUGUGUAAUUAUUUUAAGAUUCAAGUGCAUUUUGCUCUUCUGGUUUUAUAAAAAAUUUGGUUAGAUACUACCAAUAGAAGUUUAGCUCUCCUAUACCUAAUAAAAACGUGUGAAAGAUA